CAGAAAAGUAUGACUCCAAUGGUCCAGUUUAGACUUGUAAAGUUGAAAAUGUGUCAUUUUUCUUUCUGUAGACUUGAAAUGUUGGUCUAUUUCUUCCAUUGCAUUGUCAAGCCUCUUGAUCCUUCCUCCGGCUCAUAGUUGUCUGCUGCUUUUCACAGCAAUGGGAGUUUGGAACUUCAUUCAUUUGAACCAUUUCACGGGCUUCAUAUUUUUGUCUGUUAUUCUUCUCGCUUCCGAAACUUGCCUGGCUCUUGUUCGAAAUUUUGGCACAAUUAAUCCGCCGUUUCAAGGGGCCCAGAUAAAUUGGAUCGAUAAUGGCGGGUUGUUUCUCUUGUCUAACCAGUCCGAAUUCGGUUUUGGCUUCAAAAGAUUUGAAACUAGUCUACAAGAUCGAUUAUUUCUGCUUGUUGUUGUUCACAUGGGCAGUUCGAGGGUAGUCUGGACCGGGAAUAGGGGUUCCCCGGUUUUAAAUUCUGAUAUAUUUGUGUUUGAUGCUAAAAGUGGUGUGUUCUUGCAAAGCGACGGAGGUGUGGUUUGGUCUGCAGAUACUGGUGGCAAAAGAGUAUCUGCAAUAGAGUUGCAGGACUCUGGAAAUUUGGUUUUGCAUGGUGAUGACGGUGGAGUAGUUUGGCAAAGUUUUAGCCAUCCAACUGAUACCCUGUUAUGGAACCAGGAAUAUUCAGAAGGAAUGAAGCUGGUAAGCAAUCCUAGCUCCAACAACUUGAGUUAUAUUCUUCAAAUCAAGUCUGGCGACUUAGUUCUUUCAGCAGGUUACCAAACACCACAGCCGUAUUGGUCUAUGGCGAAGGAAAGCGGGAAAACAAUCAACAAAGACGGUGGUGUUGUCACUUCAGCUACUAUCAGUGAAAAUUCAUGGAAGUUCUUUGAUCGAUCCAAAGCGUUGCUAUGGCAAUUUAUUUUCUCAAGCAAUAUUGAUUCAAAUGCCACAUGGAUUGCAGUUUUAGGAAGUGAUGGAUUUAUCUCUUUCUACAAUCUUAGAGGGUCAAUUGAUCCUUCAGGAACAAAAAUACCAAGCGAUUCGUGCAGCACACCAGAACCUUGCGCUUCAUACUUCGAGUGUUUUAGUAACAAGAACUGCCAGUGCCCUUCAGGUCUCAGCUCGCGUCGUAAUUGCAAGGCGGGGGUUGUCUCCUCAUGUGAUCCUUCAAGGGGUUCUACAGAGCUUGUAAAUGCUGGGGACGGGCUCUAUUAUUUUGCGUUGGGAUAUGUUCCACCUUCUUCAAAAACUGAUUUGAACGGUUGCCAAACGUCUUGCCUUGGCAACUGUUCAUGUGUUGCUCUGUUCUUCCAAAACAGUACAAGAAAUUGUUUUCUGUUUGACAAAUUAGGUAGCUUCCAAAAUUCUGACAAGGACUCUGGCUUUGUUUCUUAUGUUAAAGUCUUGAGGGAUGGAAGCAGUGGUACUGGGGGGAGCAGAAGCAGCAAGAAGCGCUUCCCUUAUGUUGUGAUCAUAGCCAUCUCGACAGUACUUGCAAUUAUUUGUGGCUUACUUUAUAUGGGAUGCCGACACUACUGGAAGAAGAGAAAAUCGCCAGAGUCUCCUACGGAGACAUCAGAAGAAGGAAAUUUCUUUGAAAACUUGACUGGGAAGCCCAUCCGUUUCAGUUACAAAGAUCUUCAAACUGCAACUAAUAACUUCUCGGUGAAGCUGGGGCAAGGAGGUUUUGGCUCGGUUUACCAAGGGAUUCUCCCAGAUGGGACUCGACUUGCUGUGAAGAAGUUGGAAGGCAUUGGUCAGGGACAGAAGGAAUUUCAAGCCGAAGUUACCAUCAUUGGCAGUAUCCAUCAUCUGCACUUGGUUCGGCUCAGGGGCUUCUGCGCAGAAGGAAGCCAUCGACUUCUUGCUUACGAUUACAUGGCAAAUGGUUCUCUUGAUAAAUGGAUUUUCAGAAAACACAACGAAGAAUCCCUGUUGGAAUGGGAGACAAGGUUCAAUAUAGCUUUGUGUACAGCUAAAGGACUAGCUUAUCUCCACGAAGAUUGCGACUCAAAGAUUGUUCACUGUGACAUAAAACCUGAGAAUGUUCUCCUAGACGAUAAUUACCUUGCCAAAGUCGCUGACUUUGGUUUGGCAAAGCUAAUGACUAGGGGGCAGAGCCAUGUUUUCACAACACUAAGAGGAACCCGGGGUUACCUUGCACCCGAGUGGAUCAACAACUCCCCCAUAUCAGAGAAGAUCGAUGUGUAUAGCUAUGGAAUGCUAUUGCUAGAGAUCAUUGGUGGGAGAAAGAACUACGACAGGACAGAAACUUCUGAAAAGUCAAAUUUUCCAUCCUAUGCCUUCAAGAUGUUGGGAGAAGGAAAACUGAAGGAUAUUGUCGAUACAAAGUUAGGGAUAGAAGGUGAUGAGAGGGUUGAGACAGCCAUUAUGGUUGCACUAUGGUGCAUACAGGAAGAUAUGUCUUUGAGGCCAUCGAUGACUAAGGUUGUCCAGAUGCUUGAAGGCCUCUUUCCUGUUCCUCAGCCUCCAACCUCCGCCGCAAGGGGAUCUCAACUUUAUACAGACGUCUUUAAAUCAGACAACAAUUCUGCGGUGUGCCUUUCAGGCCCAAGAUAAAAUUUGUUGAACAUGAGAGACGUGUAAGACAUAUUCCAUGCAUGACUGAUAAAAUAAUGCCUAGUCCAGUGUAUUUAGAUACUGUGUUUUAGGUUAGGCGCUUGUACGAUGUGUUUUUCCUAUACCACAUAGAUUGCAUUUCAUUAUUUGUACCUGUAUCUCCAUAUUCAACAAAUCUAACUUUGCUCACAUGGUUAGAGAUUUGCAUUGA